AGCCCUUUGGUGUUGCUAUUAGUGCAUGUGUCGAUGGAUUUUCAAGGAAAGUUAUGUGGCUCAGCUGUGGCAGCUCAAAUAAUGACCCAGGUAUCAUUGCAAAAUAUUAUAUGGAGUGCUUGUCACGGUUUGGUCAACUUCCAGCAUGCCUUCGUACAGACUGUGGCACAGAAAAUGGCACAAUGGCAGCCAUUCACUGUGCUUUAAGAUCAGACCAUGGAGAUGAACUUGCAGGAGCCCACAGUCAUAUGUAUGGUACCUCAACUACAAAUCAACGGAUUGAAAGUUGGUGGUCUUCGUUCAGAAAGCAAAGAACUCAGUUCUGGAUUGAACUCUUCAGUGACCUGAGGGAGAGGCAUCUUUUCAACGGCAGUCAUGAACAUAAAUGCCUUCUACGAUAUGUCUUCCUCAAUGUCUUGCAAAAAGAGCUUGACGAGUACAGAGAUCUCUGGAACACUCACACCAUCCGACCUGUGCGCCAAUCUUGUUGUCCAUCUGGUAAACCAGAAGCCAUGUAUCACCUGCCUCAUAGGUAUGGUGGAAGAGAGUGUGGAUUCCAAGUGCCUCAAGACAUCCUGCACCAGUUUGAUGACAUUCUACCUGCUCAGUACAGUCUAUGUGGGGACGACAAUCUCCAGGUUCAUUUCACAAACUUGGAAAGACAGAGUGAGCUCCCUCGACCAGUCAACUGGACUGCUGCAGUUGAAAAUUAUAUAACACUCAAAAAUAUGACUGGACUUUAGAAGUCAAUGUAAAAUCAUCUGCUAGAUGUGAGUACAAUUACC